AGAAGUGGGAAGCAGGGGGAGAAGAGAAGAACCCAGAGCAGCAGCAGAGAAACAGCCUUCGAACUGUUGGCUCUUUGAACGCCGUGCACGCCCCUGUCACUUGCAGUGUGCACGUUUCGGUCACAUGGUGCUGGAGAAUGGGCUGAUUGUUCCUGCAGCGCUCGGCGCCUGGUUGAAACAACAAACAGCCUCCUGAGUCAGAGGGAACGGAUGAAUAUGGCCACAAAAAGAAGAUAAAGCAGACGACUAUGAGUCAACAGGGAACUGUGGGACGAGAGACACUGGCUUUCAAAUGAGAGAGAGAGAGACAGGAUGACAUGUGAGACAGCUCUCGGUACCCGUCUGUGUGUUUUGUGAGGACAAUGUCAAAAUGUCACAGCAGCUUCAGUCCAAUGAGUAGCUUCAAACAGUUUCAAAUUCAGAACCAGCAUCAGGGUACAGGUUUCAGUUUGAGGAUCAGGAUCAGGGUGCAGGCUUCAGGUUGAGGAUCAGGAUCAGGGUUCAGGUUGAGGAUCAGGAUCAGGGUAUAGGUUUCAGGUUGAGAAUUAGGAUCAGGGUUCAGGUUGAGGAUCAGGAUCAAGGUUCAGGGUUCAACUUUCAGGUUGAGCAUCAGGGUGCAGGCUUCAGGUUGAGGUUGAGGAUCAGGAUCAGGGUUCAGGUUGAGGAUCAGGAUCAGCAUACAGGUUUCACAUUGAGGAUGAGGAUCAGGGUUCAGGUUGAGGAUCAGGAUCAGGGUACAGGUUGAGGAUCAGGAUCAGCGUACAGGUUUCACAUUGAGGAUGAGGAUCAGGGUUCAGGUUGAGGUUGAGGAUCAGGAUCAGGGUACAGGUUGCAGAUUGAGGUUCAGGUUUCAGGGGGGAUCUGUUUGCUGACCGGUGCUGCUCAGUGUUUGUGAGCAGGAGUGUUUGUAAAGAAGUCAGUGACGUUCAGAUCAGUGUGAUGUUCAGAGUGUGACGUUCAGAUCAGUGUGACGUUCAGAUCAGUGUGACGUUCAGAUCAGUGUGACGUUCAGAUCAGUGUGAUGUUCAGAUCAGUGUGACGUUCAGAUCAGUGUGACGUGGGAUCACUUCAUGUUUCAUUCACUGUAGUUUGCUGGUUGCUGUGGGUGAUUGUCUGUGAGGAUGAGUUUCGGAAAAAGGAGCAGUGGUUUUCAGAUCACCAGUGUGGCUUCAGAUGUGAGCCAAUCUCAAGCUGGCCUCUUUACUCCCAGCCUGGUUCUGAACCUUCUCCAAUCAGACAGCUGUCUGCAGGGCAGCUCGUCUCAGCCAAACAGCCCCUCUCUGAAGAGGAAAUAUAGUUCCCAUGAUGCUCCAGGGUCAAGGUUUCGGGUCGUGAGAUUGGCAGUGGGGUCAGCUAGUGGUGGUGUGCGGGAUGAGUCUUAUCACCGUGGGCGAUGGAAAUGUUUGGACUUGAAAGAGCGGCAGGAAGGGACGGGGUUCAGACAGGUGAUGGACAGCAUGAGACACGCCCACUCACUGGAGUCCCUGGAGAUGAUUGGCUGCAACAGGCUGAAGGGCAGAGUCCUAUCUCAGGAAACUGCCCACCUUUCGGCUCAUCAAAAGAGUGGCCUGGAAGGGACGGGGCUUAUUCUGGACAGUGGUCCCCCUUCCCCAAACCACCAAGACCCUGUCCACGUCAGGGCCCUUGACUGUAUGGAGCCAAUGACAGCACAGGGUUUACAAGCCAACCCUCCUCCUCCGCCUCGUCCUCGACAUGCUCCGCCUCCUCUCUGCCUCGAUGUUGAUCCUGCAGGACGGUCUAUCCUCAGACUGUCUCGCUCCCAGGCCAGCUCCCCCUCUGCAGGACCACACCAUCCAACUGGAACACCCAUUCAGAUUCCUGCAGCAUUCAGUCUUGACCAAACCAUCUUCAGUCUACCAGGAGGCAACAGUGGUUCCUGUAACAGUCUGCUGUCCAUUGACACAAAGGUAGAACAGGCCAUGGACCUGGUGAAGAAUCACCUGAUGUUGGCUGUGAGGGAAGAGGUGGAGCUUCUGAGGGAGCGAAUCAGAGAGCUGCAAGAGAAGAACCAGGAACUGGAGAGAGAGAACCACAUCCUGAGAGCACUGACGCACAACAUGACAACACAACACAACAGGAGAGAGAGAACCACAUCCUGAGAGCACUGACGCACAACAUGACAACACAACACAACAGGAGAGAGAGAACCACAUCCUGAGAGCACUGACGCACAACAUGACAACACAACACAACAGGAGAGAGAGAACCACAUCCUGAGAGCACUGACGCACAACAUGACAACACAACACAACUGGAGAGAGAGAACCACAUCCUGAGAGCACUGACGCACAACAUGACAACACAACACAACAGGAGAGAGAGAACCACAUCCUGAGAGCACUGACGCACAACAUGACAAGACAACAGGGCAUGACACAACUUGUGUCACACAAUAUACCACUGACCCAACAUAAUACAACACAAAACUUAACAUACAACACAACACAUAAGA